GCGUGCGUAAUGGGGCACUUUCCAUGCACGUGUUGCAUAAUAUUAUUAUAUAUCAUCCAAAAAUGUGUAUUUCUGUCAACGUUAUCCGGCUUUCCAUAUUGCUCCCUUAAUUCCUUCAAUAGCAUUUUAGCCUCGAAAACGUUAAAACGAAAUCGCGCAGCUAUCACAAUCGCUCUUUUCUCGUAACAAUGAUUCGCGCAUUAUAUUUGACUAUUAAGUAACUAUAUAACAGAGUAUUGUAACUGUAUAACAGAGUUAUGGUUAUUAAGUUACUAUAAUAUAUAACAGAGUACCUCUUACAGAAGGUUUCGCCAUACUCGCGCUUAUGUAAGUUUAGAAUCUCUGUUACGCAGCGGGUUUCCAUCGUAUUGAAUCCUCAUACAGCAAAUUAGAUAUAACUAAUUGCAUUAUGCCCUGGGACACAAGUCCCCCGCGAUGGCACUCUCUCAUUUGAGCAUCGGGCAAGCUUAAGUUCACAUCGAAGUUUACCUUAACGUCGUUCCGCUUAAAGUUGCCGAACCAUGACAAAGAAGUUCGAAUUUAAUUGGCGCAUCGAAGUGCCGGAGCUCUUGAGAAAUGGCUCGGUGUUCGAUCGAUGGUUCGAAGACAAAGAGACGACUGAAUACGAGCCGAAUUGCCUAUUCAAAGUCGACGAGUACGGCUUCUUCGUAUACUGGAAAAGCGACGGCAAGGAUGGUGAUGUCAUAGAAUUGGCUCAAGUGAGCGAUAUUCGUUAUGGGGGCACGCCAAAGGAUCCAAAGUUAUGCAAUAAAUUAAGUAAACACGGAACUUUGGAGCAAUUGGAUCAAAAAAGUUUAACUAUAUGCUCCGGGGUGGAUUAUACGAACAUUACUUAUCAGCAUGUUGUAUGCCCGGAUGCACAAACAGCCAAGGAUUGGCAGGCUGGUUUGCGUUUAAUUACGCACAACACGAAAGCAAGUAACGUUUGUCCAACGAUACAGCUUAUGAAGCAUUGGAUGCGGCUAAGUUUCCAAGUCGAUCCGAAGGGAAAGGUACCCGUGAAAGUGAUAUCAAAGACUUUUGCAUCUGGAAAGACCGAGAAACUCGUUUAUCAAGGAUUAUCGGAGCUAGGUCUGCCUAGUGGAAAGAAUGACAAAAUAGAACCAGAGGCCUUCACGUUCGACAAGUUUUAUAGCUUGUACUUUAAGAUAUGUCCUAGGAAUGAUAUCGAGGAACUUUUUCAAUCCAUCACGAAGGGGAAAACUGAUACCAUAAGUUUGCUGCAAUUGGUGGAAUUUAUGAACACGAAGCAAAGGGAUCCGCGACUCAACGAGAUAUUAUAUCCGCUUUACACGGAAAAGAGAUGUACAGAAAUCAUAAAUGACUACGAGACGGACGAGAAAGCGAAAGCGGAAAAGAAGCUGACGAAGGAUGGUUUUAUACGAUACUUAAUGUCGGAUGAGAACGCGCCGGUGUUCUUAGACAAAUUGGAAGAAUGGAUGGACAUGGACCAGCCGCUCGCUCAUUAUUAUAUCAAUUCGAGUCACAAUACUUAUCUCAGCGGACGUCAGAUCGGUGGCAAGAGCACCGUUGAAAUGUAUCGACAGGUUCUGCUUGCUGGUUGCAGGUGCGUCGAGCUGGACUGUUGGGAUGGAAAGGGCGAAGAUGAGGAGCCUAUCAUAACUCACGGCAAAGCUAUGUGCACCGACAUCCUUUUCAAGGAUGUGAUCUACGCUAUAAGAGACACCGCGUUCGUUACUUCCGAAUAUCCCAUAAUUCUGAGUUUCGAGAAUCACUGCUGCAUGAAGCAGCAAUAUAAACUGGCGAAAUACUGCGACGAAAUAUUUGGCGACCUGUUGCUGAAGGAGCCCUUGAAAGAUUAUCCUCUCGAGCCUGGGUGCCUUCUUCCUCCGCCGAGCGCGCUGAAACGCAAGAUAUUGAUAAAAAACAAACGAUUGAAGCCGGAAGUGGAAAAGGCCGAGCUCGAGCUCUUCCGCGCCGGACAGUUCGAAGAUAAGGAUGAAGUGGUAGAGGAUGCCAGUGCCCCUGCAGUUGCUCCACCUCCAGAGCCAGAGCCGCCAAAGGAAGGCGAAGCUCCUGCUGCAGGCGAAGGAACUGAAGAGGUACAAGCGGUUCAAUACACGGGUAGUACAAUGCGGGUCCAUCCUUAUCUCUCGGCAAUGAUAAACUACGCGCAGCCAAUAAAGUUCCAGAGUUUCGAAGCUGCAGAGAGCAAGAAUAUACAUCAUAAUAUGUCUUCGUUCUCCGAGACUGCCGCUCUUAACUAUCUGAAAACUCACUCCGUGGAGUUCGUUAAUUACAACAAGCGGCAAAUGAGUCGAAUAUAUCCAAAGGGCACGAGGGCUGAUUCGUCGAAUUACAUGCCCCAGGUCUUCUGGAACGCCGGUUGCCAGAUGGUGGCUUUAAACUUCCAAACUCCCGAUCUGCCGAUGCAGCUCAAUCAAGGGAAAUUCGAGUACAACGGUACGACGGGUUACUUGCUGAAACCCGACUUCAUGCGGAGGCCCGAUCGAAGCUUCGAUCCUUUUUCCGAGGACGUCGACGGCAUCAUCACCGCGCAGUGCGCGGUACAGAUCAUUGCCGGGCAGUUCUUGUCGGACAAGAAGGUGGGCACGUACGUGGAGGUGGAUAUGUACGGUCUACCGGCAGACACGAUUAAGAAGGAAUUCAGGACACGAAUGGUACCGUCAAACGGUCUGAAUCCGGUCUACAACGAGGAGCCGUUCUUGUUCCGGAAGGUCGUGCUUCCCGAUUUGGCGGUGCUCAGAUUUGGUGUGUACGAAGAGAACGGCAAAUUGCUCGGACAGCGAAUCUUACCCUUGGACGGGCUUCAAGCCGGCUACAGACAUAUCUCCUUGAAGACCGAAGCGAACUUCCCGAUGGCGUUGCCCAUGCUCUUCUGCAACAUAGAGCUCAAGAUUUACGUCCCCGAUGGAUUCGAAGAUUUUAUGGCCGCCUUGUCGGAUCCGGGUGGUUUUAACAAGGCUGCCGAGAAGCAAACUGAGACGAUGAAGGGACUCGGAAUAGAACAGACGGAUGCCAAGGCGGACGCUAAGAAGAAGAAAGAAGAAGAAGCGAAGAAGGCGGAGGUAUUAAAACUGGAACCUAUUACGUUAGAAUCGUUGAAAAAAGAGAAAGGUUUCAAAAUGGGCAAAAAGCACCAGAAAGAGUUGGAUACCAUGAGGAAGAAACAUGCUAAAGAAAGACAAACUAUGCAGAAGAAUCAUUGUAGUGCCAUCGAGAAGUUAACCAGAGGAAAAGACAAAAAUGCACUGGCGCAGGACGCAAAUGUGAAAAAAGUUAUAAGCGAACAAACGGCCCAAUGGUCCGCCAUGAUGGAGAAGCAGAGGAAGGAAGAAUGGGAAUUACUGAAGAAUCAAACGCAGAGCUCUCGCGACGAGUUAAAGAGACUGAUCGAGGUCGUGCAAGCCACGCAAGUUAAACAGAUGCAGGCGAAACAUGACAAAGACAUAAAGGAUUUAAAUACCAAUCAAGCGAAAGCGUCCGUGGAAACGGCGAAGGAAGUAAUGAACGACAAGACUUUGAGAACGAAGGGUGAGAAGGACAGAAGGCUUCGCGAAAAGAAGCAACAGAAUACGAAAAAAUUUGUCGACGAGAGGAAGACUAUAGAAAUCAAGCAGGGCCGUGAAAAAGAGAAACUGAAGGUUACGCACGGAAAACAAGUGGAGGACCUGGACAAAGACAUCAAUACAAGUAUUGAAAUAUACGAGAACGAAGCGAUUGAGUACGACUUAUCAUCCAAGGCGGAAUUCUAUAUAUAGUUUUCUCUUAAUUUCUAUAUCAUCAUACUUAUCGUUUGAUGUUUGUUGUUUUAUAUUUUGUGUAAUACAUAUAUUUAUUUUUCUAUUUUUCAUAAUGAUAUAUCUUUUUAUACUAUUAUUACUACAGCAAAUUAUUUUUAGCUAUGUGUGUAAUUCAUCGUAUAUCUAUCGUUACUAAUCAUUGAUAAAUAUUUAUGUAUUAAGAAAUAUAUGGAUAAAUAAAGGAAUGG